AGUCGAGGCACGUAACACAUGUCUCUCUUAAGUCCUAAACCUAAACCCCAGCAAAAACCUACAAUUGUAUCGAUAGACCGGGAAAAGCAAAAGAAAACAUUAACAUGCGCCAUCAAUGGUGAUCUACAAAUCACUAAGAACCCUAAUCACUAAAAACUGCAACAAUAGAAAUAGAAGUUUUGUAACAGUAGCAGCAGCAGCAACAGCAAACUCUAUAAUCCCAUCUCCAUACACUACUAGUCCUUUACAUUACUCUCGCUUUGUGUCUAAAUGGGUUUCUCAAUUUCAAUGUCAGGGUCAAGGUCCUCUCUUUCUAUCUUUUCCACCAUGGAAGCUCUUGCAAUCUACAAACCCACUUUACCUAAGGGGAAAAAACGUUGUCGUUUUGAAGAAAGUUGAAGCCUUGAAUUUGCUUAGGAGUCGAGUCGGUCCGGGUUUGAUCAAUCAACGAGUGGUAGAUAGUGUUCAAGAAGAGUUAAAGGAGGCUCAUUUAGAUGAGGGGCUUUGGAAGAGUUUCAUCAAUUUGCCUAAUUUUGUUUCUUUCACUCGUCUGGUCUCUGGUCCUGUUAUUGGAUGGAUGAUUACAAACGAAAUGUAUUCUUCUGCAUUUGUGGGGUUGGCUAUCUCUGGGGCUACUGAUUGGCUUGAUGGCUUUAUUGCCAGGAAGAUGAGAAUUAAUUCUGUAGUGGGUUCCUACCUUGAUCCGCUUGCUGACAAGGUUCUUAUUGGUUCUGUUGCAUUGGCAAUGGUGCAUAUGGAUCUUCUACACCCUGGACUUGUUGGACUGGUUGUGUUGCGAGAUAUUGCACUUGUUGGUGGUGCAAUAUAUCACAGAGCUAAUAGCUUGGGUUGGAAGUGGAAUAGUUGGUAUGAUUUCUUCAAUCUUGACGGAACCCGCCCUGAGAAAGUCGAACCUCUCUUCAUAAGCAAGGUUAAUACAGUUUUCCAGUUGGUUUUAGUUGCUGCUGCCCUCCUUCAGCCAGAGUUUGGAACUGAGGAGACUCAAUCAUACAUAACAUACUUGAGCUGGUUGGUGGCUACCACAACAGUGGCUUCUACAGCUGGAUACGGAGUACAAUACAUGAAGAAUAGAUACUCAUUGCUUGCCAGUAAAUCAUAGCUCUGGUUUUUCAGCUCAAAUCUUUCAAGUUGGGUUAUGACAUUAAAUUAUGUUUUGGAAGGAAAGGAGCAACUGGAUUGUCUGUAUUUUGAGCUGAAAAGAAAUGGAUGACGGGAAUUCUGGAACAAUUGCAUAACGUAUGAGUUUGAGCUACCUAACUUGUAAAGCAUGUUUUCUAAUAUAGAGAUUUGUAAUAAAAAAAAACAAGGGAGGUUUUCUUAGUAUUAAAUCAAAGCAUAAAAAGUAACAAAAUCUUUUAACAUA